AUGAUUGACGACAAUGAGACUUUUGAUGGAACUUUUCCAUUUAAGCCGCACUUUUCAGUAGCUCCAGGGUUUAGGAUGCACUAUGUUGAUGAAGGACAAGGCCCAACAAUUGUGUGCUUGCACGGAGAGCCGACAUCUUCUUACUUAUACAGGGAGGUCAUCCCAAUAUUAUCACAGAACUACAGAGUUAUUGUACCCGAUUUUAUGGGGUUUGGCAAAAGCGAGACUCCAAAUGUUGAGUACACGGCGAAGAGACACACAGACAACCUGGAGAUUCUCGUCAACGAACUUGAUCUGCACGACAUUACUCUUGUCGUACACGACUGGGGUGGCCAGAUUGGCGGAGCCUUGGCGAUUAGACAACCGCACUUGAUUCGCCGUAUUGUGGUCAUGAACACGAUGCUGUCGAUGGGAGAGCCUCCAGAAGACGAAUGCUUUGAGAAAAAUGGAAAGGAAUCAGCUUGGUUUGGCUGGGCGGAUCGAGCAAUGGCUGAUGGGACUUUCGAAGCAGUACUUCGCAAUGCUGGCAUUACUAUUGUGUCAAUGAUGAAAUUGCUCCAAGGGUACGAGCGAAAAGAAGCUACGGAAGCGUUUUUCCGUGCUUAUUCGCUGCCUUUCGCAACACCAGAUGAAUGCCAUGGUGUCGUUGCUUUUCCGAAGAGCAUUGUUACAGGAAGCUUCAAGCCAGAGAAAGGAAGUGCUGAAUCAGUUGCCGCCGUCAAGUCCAAGCCAGUAAUGAUGAUUUACGGCAUGAAGGACAAGGUUCUGCUGGCAAAAUACUUUAUUCCAGUCUUCAAAGCCGCGUUUCCGGAUGCCCCCAUUCAUCGUCUAGAGAAUGCAAGCCAUUUCCUGCUAGAGGAUGCACCAGAGGAAAUUGCAGAGCUAAUUCUUUCCUUCAUCAAGAACACAUAG